GAGCAACUAUCCAUUUCAAAGGCGUUCCAUUUCUUCAAGUACCCAGUUAAGUUUGCGUGAAUUGGCAUGUGGAAUGAGCAGAAGCAAACACAAAACUAAAAUCGGUGUUACCGCUUUGAGGAAGCCGACAAGUGAAGUUGUUUCGCUGUUCCUUCUUCGUGUCUCCUUUUUCAACUGUUAAGUAUAUGCAGUUCUCGCCAAUAUCUUGACCGGGUUGUCGGUGAGCCGCUGAUGGGAUUGAGUAUCUUGAAAAACUCGAGUCAGAAUAUUCAUUCUAGAUCGAUGCUCUAGAAUUUCUGAUUUCUGGGUCAAUGGUUGCUGACAGUGAUUGUGUUUGCCAACAAAAUCUAGCUGUUGUUAUGCUCGAUUGUUGAUUUGCUGACCUAAGCUAUUACUUUUGUUCGAGGGAUAUAGCCUAUAUAAAUAUUUAAAUCGGCUUGUGGCAAAAUCCAUAGAAAUCGAUCAAAACUUGAUUUUUACCUUUAGAGACAUACAUUCAAUAUUGUCUGUGGAGCAUCGGGUAUAUCGCCAAGAAAGUUUGUUGCUUUGGUAUUGGUUAUACGUUUUGUAGACGUUUCUUGCCUAGAGUAAUUGAGUGGAGAAAAUGGUAGAAAAUACUGAAGCAUCGAAUCAAACUGUGUAUUCAAAUGGGUCGAUUCAGAAUCAAACCUUAAACGGUCCUCUAGAAGAGAAACUCGAUCAGCUUCGGCGUCUUAUGGGCAAAGCAGAAGGUGAUCCUUUAAGGAUUGUCGGCAUUGGCGCAGGUGCUUGGGGUAGCGUGUUUACUGCUUUGUUGCAAGAUAGUUAUGGUCACCUAAGACAUAAGGCUUUGAUAAGGAUAUGGAGAAGGCCUGGCAGAUCAGUUGAUAGGGCCACAGCUGAGCAUUUAUUUGAAGUGAUCAAUUCAAGGGAAGAUGUACUAAGGAGAUUGAUUAGGCGUUGUGCCUACUUAAAGUAUGUCGAAGCAAGAUUAGGUGAUAGGACUUUGUAUGCAGAUGAGAUUUUGAAAGAUGGCUUUUGCUUAAAUAUGAUUGAUACUCCUCUUUGCCCUUUGAAGGUUGUGACCAAUUUGCAGGAGGCUGUGUGGGAUGCUGAUAUUGUCAUUAACGGGCUGCCCUCAACUGAAACCCUUGAAGUGUUUGAAGAAAUUAGUAGGUAUUGGAAGGAGAGAAUUACUGUACCUGUCAUCAUCUCUUUGGCAAAGGGUGUAGAGGCUGAGUUGGAGCCUGAACCACGCGUAAUAACUCCCACUCAAAUGAUCAAUCGAGCAACUGGAAUUCCAAUGGAGAACAUCCUCUAUCUUGGAGGACCUAACAUUGCCUCAGAGAUAUACAAUAAGGAAUAUGCCAAUGCCCGAAUAUGUGGCGCAGAAAAAUGGAGGAAACCUUUGGCAAUGUUUUUAAGGCAGCCCCACUUUAUAGUGUGGGAUAAUGGUGAUCUUGUUACUCAUGAACUCAUGGGUGGCUUAAAAAAUGUCUAUGCCAUUGGAGCUGGAAUGGUAGCCGCUCUUACCAACGAGAGUGCAACCAGUAAAUCAGUGUACUUUGCACAUUGUACAUCAGAGAUGAUAUUUAUCACACAUUUGUUGGCAGAAGAACCUGAGAAACUUGCCGGUCCCCUAUUGGCUGAUACUUACGUUACCUUGUUGAAAGGUCGUAAUGCAUGGUACGGUCAGCACUUGGCCAAAGGAGACUUGAACCUUGAUAUGGGCGAUAGCAUUAAGGGCAAGGGGAUGAUUCAGGGUGUAUCUGCUGUGAAAGCCUUCUAUGAACUGCUAAGUCAAUCCUGCUUAAGUGUUCUACAUCCUGAAGAAAACAAGCCUGUGGCUCCAGUUGAAAUUUGUCCCAUAUUGAAGAUGCUAUAUAGAAUACUCAUAACAAGGGAGUUCUCGGCACAAGCCAUUCUGCAAGCAUUAAGGGAUGAAACAAUGAAUGACCCUAGAGAUCGCAUUGAGAUUGCACAAAGCCAUGUUUUCUACAGACCUUCACUUUUGGGACAGGAGCCUUGAUGGCAUACCUCCUGCUGUCUAUCUUUUGCGUGUACUGUUGCCGCUUGUAGUUUAAACUAUUUUAGGUUUGGUAUCUAAAUUAUUAGGAGAAAAGGGUUAGGAUUCCAUAAUUUGUUGAGUUUACAACAAAAAUCAAAUCUAAAGCAAUUUAUUUAUUUUUUUUGUUUAACUAUGAUUUGAGAAAUUCAUCUUACAGUUUUUAUACCAAA